CGGAUCUUCACGAAAAUUUCAAUAGCUUCUUGAGUCGAGAACUUCGACUUCAGUUUCCUGGUCAUUUCCCAGUCUGGUCUUAUAUUCAUCACUAUAUAUGCCGUAUUUAGAUUUCUUGUCCAAUCUUGUUCUCCGCUACUCAACCUACUGUCCUCAUAGCUUAAUACCUACCGCUGCAUCUCCCUAAUCCUUUGACGGUGUGUCCCGACAUUCCAUCAGAUGUCUUUCACUUUGAUGCCAUUCCUCUACCAGACGAGGACCAUUCUUCGCAUUCCUGCGACAUGCCGCGCGGCUACCAGAACUGUCCAAUCUUUUCAUACGACCGCCCGAUGCUCAAAGGAUAAGUCUAUACCCUUUGAUUAUGAGCUCGGCCCUCCGAACGAAGACACCCCCGCCACCGAAGUUCCUGUAACACAUCGAGGCACUAUCACCCCUUCUGAGCGCCGGGUAUUUGAGCGCAUCUUUGCCGACAUUAACGCUCGGGGUCUGAAGCCUGCUAUCAAUGACGACGACGAUGUGCUUGUGUCCAACGCAACCACCAACCGGUCUGCUAGGCUCAUCAUGGAACAGGCUGCCUACGACGCUGGUCAAUCCAACCCAUCCACUGUAGUCGCCCCAGCUAUUCUUUCGGGGGCUGCUAAAGAUCGCGCCAAAGCCCUCUUCCGUUUUCCAGCGCCACUCCGCGGCGCUACUAAUGAUGUUUUUGAAACCAUCAAGCACCAAGCCUUGAAGUCAAAGCGCGACAACGACGUUAGCUACAACGAUAGAGCUACGAAUGCUGAGGAGGCAGACUUCAUUGACGACGACUUCAAGGCGCCCGCUCAUAGUUUCGCACGUGUUCUCGAGCUCGAAACUAAACGAAGUCCUGAGAGAACUCGUAUCGAAGGCUUAAUCACCUCGGCCACUUCAGAUUUUGAACUAUGGGAUGUUCUAGAAAAGGAAGUCUUCACUAUGCCUGCCCGUCUAGGUAUUGUGAAAACGACCGUCGCGUCUGAUGAUUCAGUGCCACUCGUAAAGCCAAAGAAACGAGGCCGAAAGACCGCGAAGUCGAUGGAUAACUUUGAGGAUGAUACGAUAGAUCACUCCAAGACCUCUCCAGUCGACGAUACAUCAGCUGCUUCCAAUGAUACGACUAGUCCAGAUGACCCCAACAAAUUAAGCCUCUACGUCCAUGGGCCUCUGUAUCCGGCUUACCUUCUACUUGCUCUUCGGCGACUUGACACUGCCUUCUCUGCACCGUCCCCGCUAGUCUUUUCGGUACUGCCGCGUAUUAAAGAAUUGGGUCUUGAGUCUUACGUUUUAGGCGUCUCAACGCCAUUCUUCAACGAACUCCUCACCAUUUAUUGGACUCGUCGCGGCGAUCUUUCAGGAAUGCUUGAUCUAUUAGAAGAGAUGCGGCAUUGUGGCCUCUACUUUGAUAAGCAGACUGCCAGUAUCCUAAAUCAAGUGGAUACAGUUGUGUAUGACUUAGCGAGUGCGAAGAGCCGUAGCGGGCUUGGUAAAGCUCUAAUGAUGAUGCCUGAAUAUGAACUGUCUCAACGUGAGCGCAUUCGGCAUUGGCAUAGGGCAGUAGACCUGUCAGCGCGGGAGAGACAAGACGACCUAGGGUUUGUGGGAGCUGCCCAUCGACCAUAAGCGUCAUCUACCA